UCUAGGUUACGCCAAUAAGGGAUAGUGGUUGGAGACAGCGGAGAUUUCGCUUGGUCGCCUGCAUCAUGUCCCGUUUGUUGGUGCCCUGUCAUGUGAAAAGUACCGUAGCCCUGCAAGUGGGCGACAUGAGGACCUCCCAAGGUCGGCCUGGCGUACUGGUUGUCGAUGUCACCUUUCCCAACGUCGCGCCUUUCGAGUUGCAGGAGAUCACAUUUAAGAAUUACUACACAGCUUUUUUGAGCAUCCGUGUUCGUCAGCUUACCCCAGGGGCCACACCAGGCAAGUGGGUAACUUGCCUGCGGAACCGCUGUUUGAUGCCUGACCCGCACAGUGAGGAGGGAGCCCAGGAGUACGUAUCACUGUUCAAGCACCAGAUGCUGUGUGACAUGACUAGGGUGCUGGAGCUGCGUCUGAUUCUACGGCAGCCAUCACCACUGUGGCUGUCUUUCACAGUGGAGGAACUGCAAAUCUACCAGCAGGGACCAAAGAGCCCCUCCUUGUUCCCCAAGUGGCUUUCUCACCCAGUGUGCAAUGAGCAGCCUGCUCCCUGUGCUGAGCAGGGGCUCCCAGACCCCAGCAGAGUGUCCUCUGAGGUGCAGCAGAUGUGGGCGCUGACAGAGAUGAUUCGGGCUAGUCACACCUCCACGAGGAUUGGCCGCUUUGACGUGGAUGGCUGUUAUGAUCUGAACUUGCUUUCCUACACGUGAGCAGCAGAAUCUACUUGAGACAUUGGCCUUCUGUGCCCGUCCAGGCGUGGUUUGGCCAACAGAGGCUGAAGCGUGUUCCCUGUGCAUCCAAAUUUUAUCUGGACAAAAUUUACAGCUUGGGAAUUCUUGACACUCACUAGUUGUUGGAGCAUGAAUUUCUAAUGGGGCCACUUUCUGUCCUUUCCUGUCUGACAUGCAAAUUCAGUCUCUUUCUCUCAAAAUUCACCAGUUCUACUUAGAAGCCUUGAACUUCUCCUGUCUGUUCUGCCAAUAUGCUACCAUUUUCCUCAUUGCUGAGAUAAACCUGUUCCAUGUAGCCUGGGAACACAGUGCUGUUUUGAUACUCAUGACCUGUGAAGCUUGAGGAAGAGACGCCCCCUAUUCGUUCUUUUGCUCCUGCUCAUGGCCUUUUUUCUUUUGUAUUAUAUCUGUAAGAAGAAAAUGUUCCAGGGUCAGGCAUGGUGGCACAUACCUUUAAUUUCAGCAUUCUGUGAAUUCAAGGCCAGCCCGGUCUACACAGUGAAGCCCAGGCCAAUCAGGGCUACAUAGUGAGACUCCGUCUUUAAGAAAGAGAGAAAGAAAGAAAGAUACAAAGAAAGAAAGAGAAAAUGCCUCCCCCACCUCCUUUAAGUUUGUCUGCUACCAGCCUAGGAGGUGAAGCUGGGGUUUUUGGGAGCUUGAGUGCUUGGGUCCCUGAACUGGCUCCUGAAAAGUGUUUUCUGUCAGUUCUGGGCCAGUGCUUUUAGUGCAGCUGGGGCCUGAGAAUGAGACGGCCAACCUAUUUGUGAUCAGACUCAGCGAAAAGCACACCCAAGAUCCUUUCCCCAGUUGCUUCUGCCAGUCAUGCUCAGGAUGAUAAGAGAUGGACCCUGGGGCGAAUGUGUCCAAGUGAGCAUCUCACUGAUGCUUUUGGAGGGGCUGAGGCCCUCUCCUACCCCAGCGCAACCACUAAACAAAGACAGCUGCUGCCCUUUCCUGUGAUCAAAUUUUGAUUCCCUCUAGUUCUUCCUGGCUUUGCCCCUGGGAAGGAUUGUUAAGCAGUCCUGGAAGGUGUCUCAGACCUGGAAAAUUGGACAUGUGUAUGUGCCACCAUUUUCUGGGACAGUCUAGCCACUUUUUGGUGGCUACCCUGCAUUUUGAAGGUGGUGUCUUUCCGUUUUUGCUGAAAGGGUGAUCACCAUAGUCCUAUGUUCAGGGAACAAUGGUCUUCAGUGUGCAUGAGUGAAGAGGAUCCUGGGGUGGCAGGGACCACCCGUAAUUCACAGCUGUGUUUCUAAGUUCCCAGCACUGGAGCCAGGGUACAGUAAGAUCAAUAAAUAUAUGUGGAAUACA